AUUGUACAAAAGAGAGAUACAGAGAAGAUGUAUGCCAUGAAGUACAUGAAUAAACAACAGUGCAUUGAAAGAGAUGAGGUUCGGAACGUGUUCAGAGAACUAGAGAUUCUGCAGGAAAUUGAGCAUGUCUUCUUGGUGAAUCUCUGGUACUCCUUCCAAGAUGAAGAAGACAUGUUCAUGGUGGUGGAUCUACUCUUGGGUGGUGACUUACGUUAUCAUCUUCAACAAAAUGUGCAGUUUACAGAAGAAACAGUUAAACUCUAUAUCUGUGAAAUGGCAUCAGCUUUAGGCUAUUUGCGUAGUCAGCGUAUUAUACACAGAGAUGUGAAACCAGACAACAUUCUCCUUGAUGAACAAGGCCAUGCCCACCUAACCGAUUUUAAUAUUGCAACAAUCAUCAGAGAUGGUGAAAGAGCAACUGCUCUUGCUGGAACUAAGCCCUAUAUGGCUCCAGAGAUCUUUCAUUCCUUUCUGAAUGGUGGAACAGGGUACUCCUUUGAAGUUGAUUGGUGGUCGCUGGGAGUGAUGGCAUACGAGCUUCUCCGUGGAUGGAGGCCUUAUGACAUCCAUUCCAAUAGCCCAGUGGAAUCAUUAGUUCAGCUGUUCAGCACUGUGAGUGUUCAGUACACAACAGCUUGGUCAAAAGACAUGGUGGCAUUAUUAAGAAAGCUUCUGACAGUGAAUCCAGAGCAUCGUUUUUCUAGUCUAGCCAACGUUCAGACAUCCUCCUACUUAUCUAAUGUGGACUGGGAUGAAAUUUGUGAAAAGAAAGUGGAGCCUGGCUUUGUUCCUAAUAAAGGUCGUCUGCAUUGCGACCCCACUUUUGAGCUGGAAGAGAUGAUUCUGGAGUCAAGGCCUUUGCACAAGAAAAAGAAGAGGCUUGCAAAGAACAAAUCCAGGGACAACAGCAAGGACAGCUCGCAGUCUGAAAAUGACUUCUUGCAGGAAUGCCUUGAAGCAAUUCAGCAAGAUUUUGUCAUUUUUAACAGAGAAAAGUUGAAGAAGAGUCAGGAUCAGAUGAAUGAGUCCAUUUCUCCUCCUGAAACCACCGAUGAAACAGAAACUGAAACAGAAUCUGAACAUUCCAACAUAAAUAUGUGUAGCUCAGUAUGUUCUUCUACAGGCAGCAGCUAGGACGAUGGGGCAAAGGGGCCAGAAGCUUGUGCGCCUCUUAAAUAAAACAUUCUCAGGUUGCAAUGACAAGCAGAUAGAUGACACUACAGCAAGUACUUUUGUGGAUGGGGAAAAAAAGAAGAAGAGUCACACAAACCAACACUGUAGAGCCACAGAGAAGGCAAAUAGUUCUUACAGAACUCAUGGAUUUAAAAAGAUCUCCUGUUACCAGAGACUUUGCUACUAUGCAACACUUAAGCAAAACUGUUCCAUUUCUUUCUUUGUCCUUUUCUUUUCAUGGGUGACAGAUAGCAAUCUGAAGUACUUUUCAGGGACAAGAAUGUAGCGUAGAUCCAAGAAAAUGCAAAUGAGAGCAUGCAAGGUGGGAGGGCUAGAAAAGAUUGCCAAGGCAAUCAAAACUGCCCUAUCACAGUAUUUUCCUUACACUCAAGCAAAAGCUAAUUGCAUGCAAAAUUGUCUCUUGAUGUUUUCAGAGCACCUGAGGAUUCUUACAGAGCAUGGCAGUUACAGUUACCUGUUGGGACUGGGCUCAACUGAUACCCUUGACUUAAUGUUCUUUUUAAUAAGUUUAAUCUCUGAUUUAACAGGUGCUUUGGAAUCCAUCCAUCUAGGGCCAAACGCCCUGAAUUUUACAGCUGGAUUUUUUAAAUGGUGUAGUGCAAGGUAAUUUUUUUUCCUCAACCCACUGCAUCUUUUCACAAAGCUGUCCUUGACUUUCAAGGAGUGUUGUAUGCUUACAAGCACCUGAACUGAGGUUAGCAUUUUCUUCACUCCUAUAAAGGAGCAGGAUACUAACGUGGCUUUAUUGAGAUGCUCUAAUGAUCAAGGAAGUAACAUUUAAUGCACCUCUUUAUGCUGUUCAAAGUGUAAUUUAAAUAUAUCAGUUACUGGCGCCUGUUUUAACUUCUUACAAAAAUCAGAAAGUUUUGAUGCUUGUUCCAGCUGUGGAUACUGCCUUUUUCAUUGUUUCAAAAGUCAUUUCUCCCUCUUUCUUAUGCCAAGGCUGCUAUCCUACAAUACUUACCAGGGAAUAAAGUCCACUGAACGUAGUGGAUUUACUCCAGGUAAACAUAGUAGGAUUAACUUAUGGCUUUAUCUUACUAUAUUGUGGCUUUAUCUUAUUCUUAAAACUCUAGGAAUCCUUGACACUAGGGUAUAUGUUGUACAUAAAUCUUGUAACUCUUUUCACUCCAGUUUUGUUACCAAAUGUCAAAGAGAUUGUCCUGUUUGUAUUCCUGUUGUGUUUUCUUGAAAGAAGGUGAACUUUGCAUGCUUUUAAUGUUGAUACAUUUUUUCCCCUGUUGUAUUAUUGAAGCCAAUUUGCCAGGGUUGGACUAGAGUCUUUUGGAGACAGGAAUCCUUACAGCCUUACUUCUGAAGCUACAACUUUCUCUGCAACAAGUUCCUUUUUAUUUCUCUGCUGUUAAGGAGCAUCAUAGAACGGAAUUCCGACCAACUCAUUAUCCAGUCAAUUCAACAAAUGACACAACAGAGGUGUAACCCUUUUAUAUGGACUACAGCAAACACAUGUUUAAUUUUCCACAGUUUUAUGUGGAGGUUAGUAAGAAACAAAUAUUGUCCACCACCACCGUUACAUAAGAAUCAUUAGAAAGGGAGGAGGAAUCAAGUUUGCUUGUACAGAUAUACAAAGAAACCAAAGCGUUCUUCUCAGUGCCACUAUUUGUAGAUUAUAGCCAGGUAAAUGGCAUAUCCACUCUACAGUUGAAUGGUAAAUGUUAUUAAGUUGUGUUAGUACUAUAAUUAAAACCUCACUUGAUUUCAAGGCAGAAGCUCUCAAGGAGAUUUACAGUCCAGAUAUAUAGGUUAUGGUAUCCCAUCAGCCGUUUUAUCAUAGUGUCAAAACCUCUGAUGUUGUACUACAAGCAUAGCUGUCCAUGCCAACAGGAAUGUUCAAAGUCAAAAGCCUUCUAAGUGAUGGGAAAACGAACAGUCCUUUUCCUACACUAAUGAGCAAGGUCUAGUAGUGAGCACAGAACCAUAUUCAGUCCAGUGUAGUUAUUGUCCCCAUGGGAUAUGGAAUCCUAACACUAAGGAUUCGUAGUUUCAUACAGGAUUAUAACCAUGUUCAGACAAGCCUGAUUCCAGUCUUAUUUCAGACCAUCCACAUAUUCUUUUUCCUAAUGCCUAAAGAAAGCUAAAGUGCCAAUAUGGUUUGCCAACUGAUCACUGUUCAGUUGCAUCGUAGCACAAUAGAUUCUACAGAGAAAAAACUCCAAAUUGAAUUCAAGACCUAAGUGUGGGUGACAUUUGCAUGUUCUAGUAAUCAAUCAUAGAUUUAAAAUGUUGCAUUUUUAAAAAGAAUAGUUGCCUCUGACUAGUUUGUUUAGCAAGUGUUUAGUCUAAUUAGCCUUGUGUUGAAUGUUCUGUGUGAAUCUAAAAAAAUGGCUUUCUUGUUAAAAUGUUUGCAUUGAUAUAAGCCAGUAAGUGUGGUUAUUGGCUAAUGAAUUCAUAGGAAGUCCAGUGUUUUUUUUUUUAAAUACAAAAUAAAAGAGAAAUUCUUUAAAAGAUUUACAAUCACAAUG